AUGUUACCUGUGCUCGAAUUCUCUUCUUUGAAUUCCGUUUCAGCAAGAGUCAGAAACAUUUAUAGAUUUAAAUAUAGAGUUUGUUUCAUUGUUUUUUUCCUUCUUUCUUUCUUUCUUUCUUUCUUUCUUUCUUUCUUUCUUUCUUUCUUUCUUUCUUUCUAUUCCUCUUUUCUUUCAUAUUUCUCGUUUACGCUUUCUUCCUUUCUUUUCAUAUUUAAUAAAUUUACUUGUCAUUUAUUUCUCUUCCGUCCGUCCGUUCUUUCUUUCUUUCUUUCUUUCUUUCUUUCUUUCUGUUCCUCUUUUCUUUCAUAUUUCUUUCUUUCUUUCUUUCUUUCUUUCUUUCUUUCUUUCUUUCUUUCUCAUUUAUUUAUCUUCUUCUUUCUUUUCAUAUAUUAUAAACUUACUUAUUGUCAUUCAUUUCUCUCUUGUUCUUUCUUUCUUUCUUUCUUUCUAUUUCUCUUUUCUUUCCUAUUUCUCCCACACUUCGUCUCAAUUUCGUUCAUAUUUCCCAUCUCUUUCUUCCGUCAUCCUUUACUUCAACGUCUGUUUUUUUUUCCCUUUCUGUUCUUUACAAUACAAAUCGUUUCCAAAUUUAUCCAUUCAUCGCGACCCUUCCAUCCAUCUCUUUCCUUGACAUCAUAUUGCCGCCAAAACAAAAUGGUGGAAGGAUUUGGAACGAACAUUAAAAUAUGGCGCAUGCGUGGUGGCUGCUGCUCAAACUAUUCUUUGAUGUCAAGCGCUGCUAAUCGUCGCUGGCCACUGGAUCCGCGUAAUAUCUAUCUAUCUAUCUAUCUAUCUAUCUAUCUAUCAUUUUGA